CACACACACACACACAGACACACAGACACACACACUGAUUGAGGCCUGGACACGGAGAUACAGGCGGCUGCCAAAUCAUAAUCAGUGUUUCCCUCUGAGUGAGGCCAAAUCUCUCUGUUUUCUAUCAUGGAGCUGCACAAAUCCUUCCACCUGGGCGACGAGAAACAUCAGAUGCUGAAUCUGAACCGACGCCUGGAGACUUACCUGAGCCGGGUCAAACUCCUGGAGCAGGAAAAUGCACUUCUGGAGAAAGAGAUCGAGGCGAUGAGGUGUAGUAAUCGGGGAGCAUCUUCGCGGAGGAAGGGCCUGGAGGAAGAGAUGCUACAGGUGAGGCUGGAGGUGGAUUCAGCCUGGAGGGAAAGGGUUUUCGCGGAGAUGGAGGUCUGCAAGGUGGCCGAGGAGCUUCAAAACCUGGAUUUUCAGCGGCAGAGGGAGGCUGAGGCCCAGCUGGAGGCCAGGAAGAAGCUGGAGCAGAGCAAGAAGGAGCUGGAGGAGGAGCAGAGGGCUCAGAUGUGGCUCCGGGAGAAGGUGAAUCAGCUGGAACACGAGAUGAUGAACCUCAUCCAAACCCAUCAGGAGGACGUGGGCCACAUGGAGGCCGAGAUGAGCCGCUCCAGAGCCAACAUGACCCCCAUGUUGGCUCAGAGAGGAAACCAAACGCUAGACCUCCUUCAGGUGGGACAGGAUUUCUCGCAGAGGGCAACCAGAGCCUGGCAGGAGGCGGCGGAGGUUCAUCAGACUCAGUUAGAUCAGCUGGAGGAGACACUGAACCAGAGCAGGAGCCGCCUAUCAGAAGUGAACAAGGAGAGGAAGGAGAGCGAGAUGAAGCUCAGAGCUCUGGAGAAGGAGAUGGACUCGGCUCGGGACGUCAGGAAGCAUCUGGAGAGGAACGCCCAGCAGCAGGGAGACGGAUACAGAGAGGAGAUCCAGACACUACAGGAGCAUUGGGAGAGCCUGGAGGCGGAGAAAGAGGAGCUGAGCGAUCACAUCGAUCAUCUUCUCCUGGAGAACCGAGGCCUGCAGCAGCAGAAAGUGGCUCUUGGCCUCGAGGUGGCAACGUACAGAGCUUUGCUGGACGCUGAAAGCCUCAGGGGAGACAUCUCUUUGUCAAAUCAUCCGAGAAACAUCUCAGAUGCAGGUUUCAGUCCUCGGGGGGUUACAAAGAAUUACCAGAGCCAGAUGUCCACUCGCCACAAAACCACUUCCCUUUCAUCUGUCCGUGGUAUAACAGGAAGAAGACCAACAGCGAUCAAUUCAACACCAACAUGGAGUAAAAAACAUGUUACCAUCACUGAAACUCCAAAGACGUCUACAAAAUCUACGUAUGAAGACACAACAAAGUCAACAUGGGUCACCCCUUAUCCCAAAAUACUGCAUGAUGGAGCCAUUGAGAAUUUCAGACCACAAGAGGUUCAAGAGAAAGUCACCUACGCUGAGCCUCUAUCACCUCCCAAUGAGCAGGAGGCUGAAACAACACCAGUGGACAAGGAAGGUGAAGAGGACUGGAACAAUGUUGGUGUAAAGCCUCCUGAGGAAAGAUCUGUUAUCGAGCCAGUUGUGAGUUAUCAGGUUGAGUCCGUCCUCAGCAAAGAGCCAGCCUUUAAUGAGGAGGUUAGUCAGCAUCAGUUCACCACUCCUAGUCUUACACCAUACCAUGUCAAAAUGUCCGAAGAGCACAGUGGUUUCUCAGAUGACUCGGAAAGGGAUGUGCCUUUUGGAAUAUCACAAAACCAGCAUGCUCCAAUUGAAGCAUGGGUUGAGAAAGAGUGGAAAGGCAAGGAAGAAGAGCAUGUGCGGGAGGAAAGGUCAGAUUCUGAAACAGAGGCGGUAAUUGAACCAAACUAUGAUUCAAGGACCGGCAGUCCAAGGUCUGAAUGUGAGCCUGAAGAAAACUUGUUCAACAGCAGAGAGGAAAUCAUCCGUAAGGAGGAUGCAGUCGAGAUGAGGCAAGAAAUCGGCGGUUCUUUCGAAAGAACAAAUGAGAAGGAGGAUAGGUUGUACCCUGACGGAGAAGAGAUGGACACAUGGGACAGUGUUAUAGAAAGGAAGGUUGAUGUGAAGACAGAGAAUGGCGUAAGAAAGGAUGAAGAGAAGCAAAAGCACGCCGAACCAGAGGAAGAUAUAUCAGCAAGAGAUCAUGAGAAGAGAGAAAUGAGGCAGGGUUUUGCCCCAGAUGUGCAGCAGGACAACAAUGUGUCCUCUGCAAUGAUGGACACACAAGUGGAUGAUGAAGGAAAGCAUGAUGUGUUAGACCAAGACAACGAAGAAGAGGACGAAGAGGAGGAUUCUCAAAACGUCUCCGUGUCAUGGCGGACUGAGGUGGAGAGUGACAGCUACGCUCAAGAAAACACUCUUGCCGACACUCGUCCUCUGAUUCGAUACAAGAGCGAUGAGUGUGACGCCAACACUCACGCCUCACACCUGGAGGAGAGCGAGUCCAGUGAAAGUGAGCAGGAAAAGAAGAUCGGAGAGUUGGGAUCGUGGAGCGAAGGCAAGUCCAAGAGAUUUGGAACCAUGGAAGAUCUGUGUGAAGAAGUGGAAGGAGAAGCAUUGGACGAGGACUAUAAUAUGGGAUAUUCUCACAUUGGAGACCGGGAUGUUGAGCAGGCUUCACUGGUGAAUGAAGAAGAAAUGAUCGGGAAAGUCAGUGAGGGACAUUCGGAGGAAGAACCUGAAGAACUGACCAAACCAACGGCACCAACAUAUGUGGACUACGACGAGGAGUUGGAGACAGACAGACUUGUGGAACAGGAAUUGGAAAACCUGGCGACAGACAGCUACAGCGCUCACUUUGCUCAGCAGCAGGUCAGUGAGAAUGAGGAGAUGCACCAUCUGGAAAUGCCCGAAAAAGAAGAUGCUGGAAAGUCUUUUCGUGCAGAGACUGAAGUGAGAGUAAACCACCAACUUGCAUCUUCCACUACCAUUAUAGAUCAAGCCUACGAGAAUUUCAGUGAUUGGCCGGUAAUGCCUCAAGCUUUGGAUGAUGAGGAGGUUCAGAAUAAAGAUCAUGAGGCUCCAGGGAAAAGAGAGCAAGAGGAUGCAUCCAUGGUGACACAUGCUGAUGGUACAGAAGACUAUCCUGAGUUUACUGACUAUAUCAGAAGGCCAGACAUGGAAGAAGUAAAAAACUCAGACGAUCCAAAGUCUGUACUAGAGGUAAUAUCAGAUCAGGAAGUCCUGCAGGAUGUGAAAGAGGUUGCUCCGGUGAAAUCAUCCAAUGAAUCCCAAGAAAAUCUAACUGUGGAUGCGGCAGAAUCUCAGGAAUUCCCGCAAGUUCCAGAAACAGCUGAAUGGGAAGUCCUUGAGAACCCAAGUGAGGAUUCAAGAGAUCAAAAUGCAAAAUGUGAGAAUGUGACUGAACAAGCUGAAGGUUGUCUGCUCGAUGACGGAGUUAGGACACAUCAAGAGAAGCCUUUAGAGAUGUCCCCCGACAGUGUUCCUGAUGAAAAAGAAAUCUUUGUAAUGAAGGACUCAUCGGAUUUAUUUAGCUCCGGCUUAAAGAAUGACUUCUGGUCGUCCUCCUUGGAGACCGGUGCCACCUAUCAACCAGAUGAUGCCCGUAACGAAGCAGCGGAGCAAACCAAUCAGAAUCUAGGGUUUGCUGACAAUAUGGUUUGGGGGAGUUCGGAAAAUGUGGAUAACUGGAUCUCCAGGGUGGAUGUUGACUCGUCUAAAACCCUGUCCGCGAAGAAAGAGCAUGAGCAGAUGCAUUCGGAGGGGAAGCAGGUGUUGGGUAGAAAUGUCGUUGAGGGGGAGGGGGUCCAUUCUGACGAGUCUGACGCAGAGGAGGAAUCCUGGUCCUCCGAGGGGGAACCGGUUUAGAAAGUAGUCAAAGUGUUGAGCUAAACCAAUUCUAGACCUCUUCCGUGUUGAGUCUGUAUCCUGCCUUUAGUUUGAAAACCAAAGUUGUGCCUUGGUGCGCACAUCAGCGGCGCUUAUGUGCCAAUUCUGUCUCUAAAGAUACUUGCCACCUUUUCUUACUGACAUAUUCGACUAACCGUGUUUUCUUUUAGCAUUAUCAUUAAAACGUGUUUAGUCUCUCAGUGUGCAUGUUAUGGAGGAAGGUUUUUGCAUGAAGGAACGAACAAAGAAUGUCAUUUGAAAGUCGAUGGAUCUAUUGAUUGCUGCUUAAUCUGAUUGUACGGACUGAUGGGAAUCAAUGAGACCAGAAGGGGAGGUUUUCUGGUGGAGCUGCUAUUUCACGGUGAAUCAAACCAACAGUUAUCUCAUUGAACUGGACAACAACUGACUCGUCGUUGUGUGUUUAACAUCACGAAUAACUUGUUGUAAAAGGUUAUAGUAACACACAUUGGCUUGGAUAAGCAAAAUGUUUUUAUUUGACUGUUAGACUUUUUAUUUCCAUCUAUAAAGUUAUUAUUGCGGUACAUUUAUAGUCCAAAAUAAACAGUAGAUUGAUGAUGA